GUGGCAGAUAGGAUUACCCAAUGUAUUUUAUCCACGUGUCAUACGCAAUGACGUGGCUCUCUGUUCCGGACGACUUGACUUGUGUUGAAGUGUUUUAUCUCUAAAACCCCAAAUCAAUCGUUUUGGUUUCCCUCCUCUGCGAACUGCGAUCGGCGUAAGAGAAAAAAAGAGUUGAACAGUGCGAUUGCGAAAGCAAUUUCUUCGGUUCCGAUGGAGUCUGAUAUGGAGGUUAUGUCUGAAACUGAUGCGUCUCCUCCGCAGAAGCUACGUAUGUUCGGAAUGGGUAGAACAAUUGAUGAUCGCGAAGAUGAGAGUGUGAGAAGAAGGAUCAGAGAUGUUGAAGUUUAUCUUCCAAUUGUCUGUGGAUCGGUUGCUUUUUUUCUUGGAAAGAGAGCUACAGAAUAUCGAACACAUAAGUGGACUGUGUAUGUGCGUGGAGCAACAAAUGAGGAUCUUGGUGUGGUUAUCAAGCGGGUCAUCUUCCAUUUGCAUCCAAGUUUUAAGAACCCAACUAGAGUGGUUGAUUCUCCUCCCUUUGCAUUGACUGAGUGUGGUUGGGGAGAAUUCAAAAUCGACAUUACUGUUUUCCUCCAUACUGAUGUCUGUGAAAAGAAGUUGGAUUUGUCUCAUGUCUUAAAGCUGAACCCGGAGAAUGAAUAUGGUUCUGUUCCUAAGUCUAUCAAGAUACCAGUUGUCGCUGAGUCUUACAAUGAAAUUGUCUUCCCUGAUCCUUUUGAGAGUUUCCUCACCCGUGUUUAUAAUCACCCUGCUGUGCACAUAUCUAACCUUCCAGAUGGUUUCAACCUGCGUCCUACAGGAGUUGCUGAUACUUAUCAUCAGUUGAGAAAUGGAGACACUAAGGAUCAUCCACUCAGUCAAUGGUUUUGGACGUUUUCAGAAGCAGAUGAGCUUUUUCAACUUACUGCAGCUCGUCAGAAGCUACAAUUUCCUCUGCUCAAACUUAAAUAGCAGUUACACUUGGGGAGUAUUCUUGUUUGGCUUUGUGACAAAGCCUUUGUUUUGAUUUUUAUAGAAUUGUGUUAGAAAUUCUUAUUAACCGACUGUAUGUAUAAUCUAAUAGGUGCAAGCUGAUAUCGCCAAGCUAAAACGACAGCUGAUCAUGGUAGAUGGGCAACCUGAAGGACUUUAGUCUUCCCCUGGCUACUAAUGUUGAUGAUCAUAGAGGAGUUUGCGCAGAAAUUUUUUGUGAUACCGUUAACAAAUCUCGAUGGGGGUUUAAAAACCUGAGAUGUCUUAAUAUCUGAGCAACUGUGCUAAAUGUUAGAACAUGUAAAAAAAGAACCUAUUUGUAGUCAAUAUCGGUGUCUGUACCUACAAAGUAC